CCGAGUGGGCCAUAUCCGCCAUCUUGUUUGUACCCAUUGACGAGGAGCUGGAUCCGACAAUCUCCCUUUAACUGGAUCCGACAAUCUCCCUUUAAUAGAGCACUUCUUUAAUAUAGAGAGGUCCAAUAUGAUUGGCUAUGAAGUUGAAGUUGAAGCCCAGGCGAAAGCGCAUUCACUCUCGAUUCCGCACUCACCAAGGCUCCAAGAAGAAGGAAGUAGCAUGUCGGUCCGUCGUGAGGUGGUCUCGCUCUCGCAGCUGCUGCGCCGCAAUGAGAACUCGAGUUCACGUCGAGGAACUGGACGGGCGCCUCCUUUGCCACUGCAAACUUCGCGACGUAGAGCGGAUACGCCACAAUCCACCGGACAAAGGAGCAUGGGGUCGAGGCAAGUGCAGUCUGCACCGUUCACGGAGAAGCCAGCGACCACUGGAUUCCAGCAAAGUUUCACCCAAUGCGUGCUGGACGCUAGCCGGGUGUUGACGUCGCAGUCGGAGGUUGGAGUGAGCAGCCAGACAAGCAGCGGCUUUCCUGCUCCCUCGCAAGAAGUGUACGCGCCAGAAAGUGACGAGUUGAGCGGCAUUACGUCGAUGUCGCAGUCGUCCUUCUCUCAGCCACAGUCUCAGAACUUGCUGGGGUCGAGUCAGGAUGACCAGCUUUAUCGCCUUCAACAGUGGCAGGCUGAGCGUGUAGUUCCGGCUUCUAAGUCUCCUGUUCACUGCAAUGGCAGUGAGAAGUUGCAAGAGUUAGAACAGAAUCUCACUAAGGCUUUUGUCGAGCACCGCCGCGAACAGAAGCAGCAGCACCAAGAGCUGCUGAUGAAAUUCGGCAGUCCGAUAAAGAAAUCGAUUGCGGAAGUCGAGGCAAAGCUUGCGAGCAGCUGCGAAAGUCACCAGCAACAAAAGGUGGCAAUUGGAGAGCUCGAAAAAGGCGUCAGCCAUAUGGCCGAAUCAAUAUCUGCGCUCCGACAACAGAGCAAAGAAGCUAGCGAAGAAAUCCGUACGGCUGUGGUCGAUGAGACAGCAGCGGUGAAAGCCUCACUGACUGAGCUACAAGCAAGGGUUGAAACGGUUGAAGGCAGCGUAAAAUCGUACUCUGAUUUCGUUGCUCAAGCGCUCAAAGAGGAAGCAACCAAACAUGAUGCGCUGCUGUCGGCUGUCGAAGCUUCAUCCUGCACCUUCCAUAAAGAACCUGCAUUUGCUGAAGAUUUUCCGGACACUGAUAUGGUUUGCAGAAAGAGAAGACGAAGCUCGCGCCUUCACGAAAUAGUUGAAAUGAAUCCUGGCAGCUUCACUUCCCCCGCAGCUAAGCCACUUCCGCACACAAGGGCUAGAUAUUCCCCUCGCUGUGAAAUCGGUAGCAGGUCUUGCUACGAAAGUGAGGACGACGAGACGCGUGACGAGGGACUUCAUUUCGUGCUCCGGCGUAUUGAAACUCUCCGCGCCAAGCGUCGCCAAUAUCAACACGAUCUCUAAGGCUGACCGUAAGCAGGGUCACGACACAGCUAGCUGUGACACAAUGGGAACGCACCACUGCCCCUCAGAUUCGGCAUCUACCUUCGACAAUGACAAGCUUGUGAUUCGCGUUGGCAU